AUGUCUUUAAAUGAAACACACAAAAAUGUUUCAAAAGCUUUACUUUUAGGAAUAUCAAGCAUUUUACCAAAAGAAAACAAAGAAUAUUAUCUUUUUGAUGAUGAAAACACAGUUGCUGAAGCUAUAUAUGAUAUCUUUGAAACUGAAAUUGAACAAGUUACUUUUUCUUUGAAUGAAGAAUAUUUAAAAAAAAAAGAUGAUGAUAUAAUUAUUGAACAAAAAGCAUCUAAAAAUUUAACACAGUGUGUUAUUGUUAAUAAGAUCGAUAAGUAUAUUAAAAAAUGUGAAAAUUCAAAAAGUUUUCGAAUAUUAUGGCAACUUUGUAAUGUAUAUCAAAUAGAUAGAGAAAGAAUUAUUGAAGCAGAUAGUGUGUUAGAGUACUAG